AUUCCAAUUCCAACUCCUGAACUCCCAAAAAUAAAUAAAAACGUCAAAAAAGCAAAAGAAUAAUAAGACCUAACAAGCACCACCAGAUCUCUCUCUCUCUCUCUCUCGUCGUGUUGGUGGUCCUCUGUCUGCUUCUCCGUGAUCCGGCACGUUUUUGCACCUGAGUCAAUUCUGCUGGAGGGAGGAAAAUAAUUACAGGGGACAAUCUGGCGGAGUCCAGCUUCAAAAGGGAAGUUUUUGAAGAAACGCUGUUUGGUGAAGCUUCCGGAGAGAAGCUGCUGCGCAUACAACUCUGGCCGACACGCUAGAGACAUCCUCUCAAUCCAGAGCUAGCGCUGGUUCUUUCUUUUCCAAUCUCUGUUCGUGCUUGAGUUGGGCUCUGUCACUGGUUUCACGACUUCCCAUUGAUUAUGGCUAACUUUUUCUUCAAAGGGAAAAAAAAUUACAAUGUGAUCUUAACCUGCCUGCCGUAGUUUAAAAUAAAUCAUUAGCGCCAUUACAGAUGUGAGCAGCAAGAGUAUAAAAGAAGAAGAGGAAGACGAAGAAGAUCGGAGAAAGACAAAAAAAAAAAAAAAAAAAAGUGCAUUACUUCAGUUUUCCUUAAGAAUUUAAGCAAGCCCAUCUGCUGAAAUGGCGAACUUCAAUUGUUUCUCUUUACGAGUUGGAAGGAAGAAGAAAGAUAAGGGGGAUGAGGAGCCUCUGAAAAACAGUGAAUUCAAGAACUUGCAAACCCUGCAAGUCAAGAUUGAACAUCCUGUGAAAUCGUCUUUGACUGAAGAGCUGAAAUUGACGACUUUCAGUGUUGAGGUACCUUAUACUGUCCACAACACCUCUCAGUGCAGCGUCAAGGUUAUGAGCCAUGAGAGUCCUGUUGGGGUUGAAGCAGCGGAGAUAGCUUAUGAAGGGGAAGAUGAGCAUGAAGACAACUCCUCGAUCAAGAGGGACUUCACUGACUUCGAUCCCACAGCUCAUGAAACUAUUUCUAGUGAUAAAGAUCUUUAUUCUGAAAACAAAAACAUGGAUUUCUCCGAUGCAUUUGAUACUCAGGUGAAAGAACAUUUUGAUGACAAAGCUGAGAAGAAUAGUGAAAGGGGUGUCAAUUUGAUUCAAAGCGGACAUCUUAGUGAUCCUGGGAUUGGGAAGGCCGAGUUCUGGACUUCCCCAGUGCUUAAGCGCUCCUGUUCCAAUGUGGAAAUGAGGAACAUGCUUUGGAAGAUAGCUGAUCAGUUGCCUCUUUCCAAGUCACAGUCUUUUGAAGAAUUGCAGGAGUUAUCUGAAAAGGUGAGGGAGAAUGUUGAUCCUGGCAGCCCCAGGUCUGUAAUGUCCCACUUCAGUGCAGACAAAGUGAUGUUGAAGAAGCAUUCUUCAAGCCAAGUUCUCCCCUCUAGGAGUAGAAGAUUGUGGUGGAAAUUGUUCCUCUGGAGCCACAGAAACUUGCACAAUGCGCAGACCCUGAAAUCACGCUCACUUCCUGCUCGUGCUGCUCUGAAUCCACAAGGCGGAUACUCUUCAGAUACGCUAGAACCAAACCUAGCUAGGGAAUCGAGCAAGAUGGCAUCACCUGGAUCUUUCACUGGUGAAUCCUUGAACAAAGGCCACAAUAACAACAAUAAUGGCUACCAAAGCUGGUAUGCUUUUCAGAAUGGAGUUUCCGGUUUGUGGCAGCAGAACCAAUGGGUUGCUUUCCCUUCAGAAUCAUCCCCCUUUGCAAGAGUGGAUAAGUGGGUGAAAGAUCUUGAAAUCCAAUAUCCACUUUCACUAACUGAUAACCAUGAAAAUGAUAAGGGCAUUCUCUUCCCAGCUUCUCCCGAGACUGAUAGAUCCCCAGCAAGAAGCCCAACCCACUUCACCCCGCGGCAUGAUACCAAGCUUUCAGAGGAGAUUUUGCAUGCCAAUAGUAUCAUCCAGUCUCUGAAUUCAUCCUCCACUGUGGCUCACAUCUCGGGUAUUGGCUUAAAAGUUAUACCCACCAUUUCAAGCUUCUCCAGUCUCCGAUCUGUCAACUUGUCAAAUAACCACAUAGUCCAAAUAACUCCAGGAUCUCUCCCAAAGGGCCUUCACACACUCAAUUUGUCAAGAAACAAGAUUAGCACCGGUGAAGGACUCAGAGAACUAACCCGAUUACGGGUGCUUGAUCUCAGUUACAACCGAAUCUCUAGAAUUGGACACGGGUUGUCGAACUGUACAUUAAUUAAGGAGCUCUAUCUUGCUGGCAACAAGAUUAGCGAUGUGGAGGGCCUACAUAGGCUAUUGAAGCUAACAGUCCUGGACCUGAGCUUCAACAAGAUAACAACAACAAAAGCACUGGGCCAGCUCGUAGCCAACUACAACACUCUGCAGGCUCUCAAUCUGUUGGGGAAUUCAAUCCAGAGCAACAUCAGCGAUGAGCAGCUGCGCAAAGCAGUUUGUGAUCUCCUUCCAAAGCUAGUGUACCUGAACAAGCAGCCAAUUAAACCUCAGAGGGCAAGAGAGGUACUGACAGAUAGUGUUGCCAAAGCCGCGCUUGGGAACAGCAGUUGGAGCUCUUCUAGAAGAGCAGGAAAGAGAGUAGCGAGCCAGGGCAGAUCAGUUUCUGCCGCUGGGCAUAAGAGCAGUGCAAGUGUUGCGCAAAAAAGCAAGAACAGAUCAGUUUCCCGUUCUUCCAGAGUCUAAUCUAUAUUUUGGUUUUCUGAAGUGGGGUUUCUUUUUCUCCAUUCAUUCCUAUCUUGAAAGACGGUUUGCAGGCGAAAUUUGUGUUUCUUAAGUUUUUGUUUGCUCUGAUAUGAGCAUCAUAUUUGGACAUAAUAUCUCAUGUUUUAUCAAAAUAUUUGGAUAUGUUGUGGAGUUAACAA